GCUACCAGCGCUCGGCGUGUGCGGCCGGCUUCUGGCGUGGUGACUGAAGGACUGAUUCGGGAGUGGAAAGAAUUUCGACUACUUUACAAGGUGCGGCAGUAUAGGAGUGAGUGUAAGAUCGGGCCGAGGAGUGUGGCGCCGGUACAGCUGACACCAGACGUCCGUCCACCGGCCAGUCACCACUGAAUUGACCUCCAUCGAACACUGGAGCCUCCAGCGGCCUCACAUCUCGACGGAAAGGCUCACCCGAUGGACCGAGGCGGACGGUGGCACUGCUCCAGCCUCCAACACACCAAACGAUCCGAUAUAUCCGUCAUGAUGACGCCAGUUUAUCAGGUGCGGCAGUGCAGGAGGGAGUAUGGCUCCGGUACAGCUGACACCAGACAUCCGUUCACCAGCCGGUCACCACUGAACGGACCUCCGUCGAACUCCGGAAUCUCCAGCGAUCUCACACCUGGACGAAAAGGUUCAGCUCACCAGAGAGAGAUGGCGGCCCUGCUUCAACACACCACCGGGACCCGCCACAGGAGUCGGAUUACCAGGCUGUUCGCACGCGAAGAACUUCAAAACAAGGAGCAGUAAGAGUGAAUCGGAGAACAGAAGAACCACUUCGAAAUGUAUAGAGGGGGGGGGGGGGUUUGAGGGAGGGAAUCAGAUCAAUCAGAAUCAGGGAAUCAGAGGGAGGUAGGCGUGCCUGCCUCCCCGAUUAUCCCCUCCCUACCAUGUGUGGGGGAGGGGUGUGAUCAGGGGGAGGUAGGUGAACCUGCCCUCCCCCUGAUUAUCCCCUCCCCGCCGUGUAUAUGGCGGGGGGGGGGGGUAAUCAGGGGAAGGUAGGUGAACCUGCCCUCCCCUGAUUAGCUCUCCCCCCGCCGUGUAUAUGGGGGGGGGGGGUAAUCGUGGGAAGGUAGGUGGGCGUGCCUGACCUCCAUCCUGAUUAUCCUCUCCCCUGCAAUGUGUAUUGUAGGGGGGAGGGGAUUACCCCCCAUGCCAUGUGUGUUUGGGGGAGGGGGUAGACGACAUUAACAAAAGAAGAAGAAUACAUGCUGGACUCAC